UAGGCAGUAGGAAUUGGAGGGUGGCCCCUUGUCCAUAUGGUAGAAGUCAUUUGGAUGUCAGAGAGAGAAGACCAUCUACAAUUGAGGGGACUACACUCAGGAAAACUUCAUCUAUGAGAAGCGAAAGAAGGGAAAACCCCGGUUUGCCUGCGUGGCACCUCCCUCCUCUUGUUCAGAUGCUCAGUUUAUGCGGAGACCCCAGCAGCUGGGAUGUGGUCCCAGCCUAGAGACACCAUCCCGGCUUCUUGCAUCAGCCCACCCAGGGCUCCCAGCCUCCACCGACAUCGCUAAGGAAGCCUGCUCGCCAACACGGACUGGCGGGUGGAUUGGUGGAGGGCAGGUAUCAGAUGUUCAAGCUGACAGCAGUUUCCCACGGUGGGAAACCAGGGCGAAAGGCCGUGGAUUCCUGGCAUCGGCAGCCUACACAGACAUCAUGGCACUUUGGGAUACUCAACCUGGCUCCUCGGUUUGUAGUUCUCCUCAUCUGCUUCCUAGGACUCGGAUUCAAGUGCAAACCCCCUCUCUCAGCUUUCUGCUUAGAGUCUGGAACCUCUGGAGACCACCGCUCUCCCAACUAUUGCCAUCAUUUGUUGACUACAUCUCACGUGCCUUGUCCUGGGAAAAGAAAGCCCAGUGUGGUAGAACAAACACCCAAGAACUCUGGAGACCCCAUCAUUGCCAACAAGGAAUGCAAGAUGCCACGUCCAAAGUCGUCAGCCCCAGUUCUGUGCUGCUGUUGCCCACCAGCCCAGCAGCCUUCUUCUCUCUAGAUCUGAGCCCCCACACUAUAAACUGCCGCGAUUCUGGCCGCCUACAAAGGUCUACUGUGCCAUUUGGGAUACCCUACUAUGAAAAAGAAUCCUGUGCCAUGAGCGAGGCCCAGUGCAAUACAGCCCAAGUGACCAAGGCCCCAAAGAUCCUUGGAUAUUUGAAAAGGGAAGUGAAAGCAGGCUGCUACCCUCCAGGAAAGGAGAGACUGAGAUUCAGGGAUUCAUGGAGGUUCAUGGCUUGA